AUGUCAUUCUUCAAACGCAAGAAUCCUAAUGCAUCAGUCAUUCCGCCCGUCGCCCCACCGGCGGGAGCCGAGCCCAUGGCUCCUGCCGACACGGGUGCAGCCCGAACACAGCUCUUCAGCCGAGGCAAUAACAACUCGAGCCUUGACAUGAAGAGGAACGCUGCCGACCCUUACGCACCCGCCCUUGAUCGGGCUCCUUCUUAUCGCACAACUGCUGGUGACGGCGAUCCGUACGGCGACAACAAGGCCAACCAGCAGCGCGGAGAGCUGUUUGGCGGGUUUCAGCCAAAGGAGCAGGUUCCGAAGGAUCGCAAGUACGGUUAUGAGGGCAGGGAGAUGGAAGACGAUUUCGACGAGGAGGAGGAGAUUGAAGGUAUCAAGCAGGAGAUGAGGGGAAUCAAACAGGAGAGUUUGUCGUCGACUAGAAAUGCCCUUCGAAUCGCUCGAGAAGCAGAAGACACGGCUAGGGGUACUCUUGGUCGUUUGGGGGAUCAGUCAGAGCGUAUCGCCAACACUGAGCGACACCUUGAUAUCGCCAAGGCCAACAACCAGCGUGCGGAAGACAAGGCCAAGGAGCUCAAGGUGUUGAACAGGAGUCUGUUCCGACCCGCCGUCACCUGGAACAAGGAAGCCAAACUGAACGCUCAACAAGAGAAGCUCAUGGAACGUCAUCUUCGCGAACGAGACGACCGAGAAAAAGCCCGUGCCGACGUCCAAGAUACGCACCGCCGACUCAACACGGCCGCCAACGGAACCAUGCGGGACAAUACCCCCCAGGCGGGUGCCAUGGCCGCGAGGAAGCAGGCGAGGAGCAGGUACCAGUUCGAAGCUACCGCCUCUGACGACGAGCUCGAGGACGAAAUUGAUGAGAACCUGAACGAGACGCUUGAGGUGACGAGGAACUUGAAGCGGCUCGCCAUGGCUGCUGGGGAAGAGAUUGAUACGCACAAUCAGCGGUUGACCGGGAUCAAUGGCAAGACGGGUGACCUCGACCUGGCCAUCCUCAAGAACACGGAGGCCUUGAGGCGAGCUGGUGGCAAGAGGUGA